AUGAGUUGGCAAUCGGCCGUAGGUCCUGUGCUGUCCAUUCAGAGUCGACAGCAGUUGUCUCAAACUGGCGAUGACGACUGCACAAGAGAAGGAAUUGCGUCACUUCGCUACGUUUCAUCGUCUGAAUCGCAUGCAUCAACUCAAAUAGACGAAUAUGAUGACAAUAUGAUGUUAUCCUCAGAAGGUGAUGAAACAAAGGAUGGUCGAGUAGAAGUUACUUAUGGGGGUGAUGACGUGCAGCAGGAUGGUCGAACAGUUGAGAAAAUACUUGUAACUUUACGGCAGAAAAAUGGAACAAAGAGGAACUAUUUGAUGAACAAAAAUGUUUCCACGUCAUACGAUUGCGCAAAACACUUGAAUAUGAUGGUAGCUAGAAGAGCAAUUCUCGCUCGGGUCUCGUAUCCAAAGGAAGAGGCCAGACUAGAGAGCAUGAAUGAGCCCUUGCGGGACAAAUGUGAUUUUGAACUGAUCGAUUUCCAAACAGAGAAUUAUGCUCAGGAUGUUAAUCAGGCUUAUUGGAGGUCGUGCAGUAUAGUGUUAGCUGUAACCCUUCUUAGAGGUCUUAAGGAAAGUAUAACUAUCUCUAGUCUUCAUAGCAAGUGUCAGUCAUUUAUGGAUAUAAUCCCGAAAAGUUAUUUCGCGGUUGACUUAACUGGUUUGGGAAGCCCAUUAUCUGAGAAUGAUUUGAAAGACCUGUCUUCAAUUGCUCGCAGUGAAAUUGUUUCUAAGGGCAUACCAUUUGAAACGGUAACAUUACCUUCCGAGGUCGCAAUGGACUACGGAUUUGAUUCAUCGUUAGUUUCUUUUAUUUCUAUUCGUGCGAUUUCAAAAGGAGAUUUCACCCGUGUAGGAGGAGUUUCGCUACCCUCGGACUUUAAGGCAUCGUCAUUCUCAUGGGAGACGAUAGUUAUAAAUGCUGAAGACGUAUGUAACUCGCAUGCUUUGAGUACCUAG